AUGGCUCCCCAAUGCCCCAGCCCCUGGCUCCCUGUGCUGACCUUGGCCCCUGCAAAGGGCCCCACUCUGCAACUGCUGCUUUUACUGUUACUCCUGGUGCCGGCCCAUCCCCAGGGCCUGCCCGGGAUUCAAGGGGCUAACCCCUUGGGAGGAGAUUCAUCUGGAGAAGAUGAUCCACUGAUUCAUCUUGAGUACACAGGCGGUGAGGAGGAUCCCAGUGAAGAGGACCCACCUGGAGAGGAAGCACCACCUGAAUCUGAGACUAACCCAGGGGAAGAGGACCUACCUACUGAGGCUCCCAGAAACACUCAAGGUCAAGAAAAUAGUGCCCACAGGGAAAGAAAAGGGGAUGACCACAGUCAUUGGAGCUAUGGAGGCGACCCACCCUGGCCCCAGGUGUCCCCAGCCUGUGCAGGUCGCUUCCAAUCCCCGGUAGAUAUACGCCCGGAGCUCGCAGCAUUUAGCCCUGCCCUGCAACCCUUGGAACUCCUGGGCUUUGAGCUCCCGCCACUCCCAGAACUGCGCUUGCAAAACAAUGGCCACAGCGUGCAACUGACACUGCCUCCGGGGUUGGAGAUGGCUCUGGGACCCGGCCGUGAAUACCGGGCCCUGCAGUUGCAUCUGCACUGGGGGGCCGCAGGUCGCCCGGGCUCAGAACACACGGUCGGUGGCCACCGUUUCCCCGCAGAGAUCCACGUGGUUCACCUCAGCACCUCAUUUACUGGAGUUGAAGAGGCCUUGGGGCACCCGGCAGGCCUGGCCGUGUUGGCCGCCUUUCUGCAGGAGGGCCCAGAAGAAAACAGUGCCUAUGAGCUGUUGCUGUCACAUUUGGAAGAAAUCGCUAAGGAAGGUUCAGAGACUUGGAUCUCAGGACUAGAUGUGUCUGCACUGCUGCCCUCCGAUCUCAGCCGCUACUUCCGAUAUGAGGGGUCUCUGACUACACCCUCCUGUGCCCAGGGGGUCAUCUGGACUGUGUUCAACCAGACAGUGCAGCUGAGUGCCAAGCAGCUCCACACUCUCUUUAACUCCCUGUGGGGGCCCGGUGACUCUCGGCUGCAGCUGAACUUCCGAGCCACGCAGCCUUUGAAUGGGCGGAUGAUUGAGGCCUCCUUCCCUGUUGGAGUGGACAGCAGCCCUAGGGCCUUUGAGACAGUCGACCUGAAGUCCUGCCUUGGUGCUGGUGACAUCCUGGCUGUGGUUUUUGGACUUCUCUUUGCCAUUACCAGUAUCGCCUUCCUAGUGCACAUGAGAAGACAACAUAUCAACACAGUCAAAGGGAAUGUUAGCUACCACCCAGCAGAGGUCACUGAAACGGGAGCCUAG